CGCCGGCGUGACGCAGACGAUGGGGAGGGCGCCGGUGCGUCGGCAAAAGUGCACGAGUGGUGCCCGUGGGGGCGGGCGCUGGUGUGUGUGGCAAUGGGGCCCGGGCUGGCCCACGGGCAUCGGCGAGUGGGGCUGCAGCAGCAGUGGCGGCAGCGGCGCCGUCCCUAUCGUCACCGAAUCUAUCCAUGAAAGUCACACACAUUCAUGGGCACACUGGACGCCGUGUGUGGGCUGGGAUUGGCUGUGCUUGCAUUGCAUGCAUCAGUGUCUGACGACCAGAGGGGCGGGAAGAUGGACGACGACGACGACGACGACGACAAGGAAUCCGUGUACGGACGGACGACAGGACCACACGUACACGGAAGCUCCGUAUCCACACUCAUUCAUGUUGAUGUGUGAUGUGUGUGUGGUGUGUCAGGUCUGCCACAGGGUGACGUCUUCCCCCCUGCAGCAGCAGCAGCGGCAGCGGCAGCGGCAGUAGCCUCGCCGGGACCGCUCGAGAGCCCCUCCGCCGCCUGCAAGCGCCACUUGAUGCUCAAAGGAUCCGACUCCCGCAGCGCCUUCCAUCGGCUGCCCGAGAACGUCCCGGCCACCUUCGCCCCCCACCCAUCACACCUCUGGCGCGCUGAUGCCAUGACGGUCACCAUCGGCGCCUUCAAGGAUGCGCAGGAGGGGGACUACUACGUGCAGUGCACGGCAACGCCCAAGAAGAAGAAGAAAUGUCGGAGCAGGGGUGGGACUUCUCCGAUGCGCUCAAGGACAAGGUCACGGAUGCGUUGGACGACAGCCGUCCCGACCCGGAUGCGUUUCGGCUUCAGGGGGGCAAGCGCAUCAUCGGGCGGAUCCAGCCCAGGAACGGUAGGUGGGCGGGCCAGCGACCAUAACGAGGAGAGGAGGCUGCAUCGAGGCACACCUGGCUGGCCGUCAAGAUGCAGAGGAGGACAAGAAGCACCUGGAGGGCCUCUUCUUCCUCAUGAUGGACCCCGAUGCCCAGGAGCGGCUCAAAGCGGAAGAGGUCCGCGCCAUACUCGAGCAAGGAAGUGACGGAGACGACACACAUCCAUGUUUCUGUGUCUUCAUCCAGGCUCUCAACAAGCGCAGCGACGCCUGUCUGAUGUGGCUGAGAAAGCAGAAGCAGCAGGUGCUGGCGUGUGAGUCGGCCAGGCGCUUCCUCGACGCCACCGCCGUCAUGAAGCUAUCAGGCCGUCCUGCUCGCCUUCCGUCAAGUCAGGUUCAUCACCAUCGCUGUCGCUGUCAUCGUCGUGCCGGGCCCCCUCAUCGCACCACCCCUCCUCACCGGAUUCACCCCCAUCGCUGCCCGCUCGACAACAGUCACCCACCCGGCUGACUAACAAGAAGUCUCUGGCCGCGUCCGACAGCAGCUGUGGCAGCAGUGGUGGUGGGGGCGGUGUGGGGCCACCAGCAGCGGGGCGACAGGGUGAGGGCCUGUACACUUGUAUUGCUGGCCUGCCUGCCUCUCUCGCCCCCCUGCCGUCCAGUAUCUGCUAGCCAUGAGGAUGCCGUUUGUUCCGUGUGUGCAGCGCAAGUCGGAGACCAUCGCGAGACAGCAAGGCGACAGCAAUGAGCGCCGACGGCCUCUGGCGGUGGGUGACAUAGUCGAGGAGGAGGACUACAUGGGCGCGGCUGCCCCGCAGCAUGGCAUCAGGCUUCACACGGGAGUGCAUCUGGACGCCCGUAGGCAGGCAGAUGAGGGAUGGGGUCGAAGAAUAAGGAUGUCGUGGUGGAAUGGUGCUUCGUCUCUCUCUCUCUCUCUCUCUGUCUGUGCGUGUGUGUGCAGCAUCGGAGCCUCAGCUGACAUCGUAAGCUCAGGGAAUAGGAAUGGCACGUGAUGCUGAUAGUCAUGGUGUGUUGGUUCUCACUGACCUGCAGGCAUCGCUCAGUACUCGCGACGCCCAGACACCCACCAUCGAUAGCCGUCAGCGAAGCCGAGGAGCAAGUAAGAUUGACCAUACACGUACACAGUCGGUUAUCCGACUUACUCUCGCUCACUCUCUCCCCUCCCUGUGUGGCUGUUGUUACUCCAUCGUGCAGCAAGGAUGGGCGGCUCGCCUUUUCUGCCUCCUUGGCCCCAUGGCGUGGUGCUGUGGCGCCCGACAGAAGACCCCCCAGCCGAUGAGUGCAGAUUAUGGUCAGACCCAGAUAUUCCUAACUGUUGGCGCACAGCGCCACACCUGACCGCUAAAGCGCUAAUUCCAGGGAAGGCCCAUCGCUUCCUACAUUUUAUAUCCGUCGUCUGUUUUGGUUUCGCGGCUGUAUCUUGGCUUUGUUGUUGCACCACGUGAGACAUGAUACAUGUGAGACACACAGAGACGGGC